CGUCGCUCUUUACGGUCCGAGCCUUUUCUCCCUCCGCCCGGUGCCGUUUCCACUUUGUGGCCCACGUGUGGAGUUUAUUCGGUUUUUUUUACCUCAAAGUUUCACCUUUAAAGUCUGGACCAAAUGGCGUCGUCUAUCGAGCAGAUGAGGGCGAACGUGGGGAAACUGCUGCGGGGCAUCGAUAGGUACAACCCAGAAAACCUUGCAACGUUGGAGCGCUACGUGGAAACACAAGCGAGAGAGAACUCCUACGAUCUGGAGGCGAACCUGGCCGUCCUGAAGCUCUACCAGUUCAACCCAGCCUACUUCCAGACUCAAGUGACGUCACAGAUCCUGCUGAAGGCUCUGACCAACCUGCCGCACACCGACUUCACUCUCUGCAAGUGCAUGAUCGACCAGACACACCAGCAAGAGGAGCGUCCCAUCAGGCAGAUCCUCUACCUCGGGAACCUGCUGGAGACGUGUCACUUCCAGAGCUUCUGGACGAGUCUGGAGGAGAACCGAGAACUCAUCGACGGCAUCACCGGCUUCGAGGAUUCAGUUCGCAAGUUCAUCUGUCACGUUGUGGGCAUCACCUACCAGACCAUCGAGCACCGGUUACUGGCAGAGAUGCUGGGAGACCCACUGGACACGCAGGUGAAGGUGUGGAUGACUAAGUACGGCUGGACGGAGAACGAGGACGGGCAGAUCUUCAUAUUCAACCAGGAGGAGAGCGUCAAGCCCAAGAACAUCGUGGAGAAGAUCGACUUUGAGAGCGUAUCCAGCAUCAUGGCCACGUCUCAGUGAUGAAAACAAACACACCAACGGACACACACACACAGUCAGGAUGGAGUCAACCGGGCCUUCAGCUUUCAGUGCCACUCUUUUCACAAUAAAAGUAAUUUAUCAGUUACA